AUGUCGUUGGUCGAAGUCGCUGUCGUUGAUAUUGAGUCGUCGUGUUUGGUCCCUCUGUUUGUGCACUGUCAUCGCGUCCUUUCCGCCUCUAACAUCUCUUCAGCCGCCUCUUCGAAUUCUGCCUCUCUUCGUGUUCGGAUACUCGAUCCUCCGAUGCUCUACGAUGCAGAGGUCGCCCCCUGUCACAGGCCACGGGCACUCGAAUGCUCGGAUGUCGAGUACAUAGUAGCAGUCGAGUCGGCUCUGCUUUCGCCCCAAUGUGACGCCUCGACACGUCGUUUUGACUUUCGAUGGAGCAGACACGAACAAACUCUAACGCUCAUGGAAAAGACAAGUGUUGCCAUGAAAUUUUGUGCAAUCAAAUUUGAAGUGACCUCAGAAGAAGCAACAUGGCUAGACUUGCUCCGUCGUGUAGCAACACGACAACAGGAGAAGCAAAAAGCAGCUGCUGAUGCUGAGAGCCAUCUGCAGCAGAUGGAACUACUGAUGAGGCGAAAGGAGGUGCAGCUGGAUACGACGCUGAUCGCAAUACAAAAGGUGGAAAAUCAGUUCGUGCAUAAUUUCUGUGCUCUUUUAAAUACAAAGAAAGAUGAGAUCAAGCGGCUGCGGUUCGAAUUGUCGGAGAAAUGCAUGCACCGUGCCAAUGAAAGCACAAUGACGGGCAAGAGAAGGAUUGCUGUGUCGGCGAAGAAAUCUACAGGAGCGAAGCUACAAAGAAAGAGAAAGGAGACAGAAGGCGAAGACGAUGAAAUGAGGAGCGACAAUUCAAGCGAGUGUACUUUUGCAGAUAGGGACGAUAAUGGUGCUCAGGCGAAAAAAGGGUUGGAAAGUCGUCCAAAGGGCAGCGCGACCAAGGCGUGUAUCGCUUUGCCUCCAAGCUCGCGAAAAAUUUCGAUGCACAAGUGCGAUGGUGAAGACUUGUUGUCAAGUAUGAAUGCCAUCAUUGAUACCGAAGAAGAGAAAAAUGACGGUUUACUGGUACGAGAGUUUGGGAAAGAAGACAAAGCCAUGACAUCGAAGAUGAGGACGGCUCAUGCUCCUAUGCAAGUAGUUGCAAAAAUGGAGCCGACGGCCGACGUAGCGAUGGAUUCCUCGGAGGAGGAUAUCCAUGACAUGCUAUUGUAA